AUGAGGGUAGUUGGUGGACGACCCGCUACACAGAAGAAGUGGCCCUGGCAGGUGAGCCUGCAGAUUAAUAACGUACAUUUAUGCGGAGGCUCCCUCAUCAGCCAUCGUUGGGUGCUAACAGCUGCCCACUGCAUAUUUGGCCAUUUGGAAUACACGGCGAAGCUCGGAGACAUACACCUGCAUCAUAAAUCAAGAAUGGCCGUCAUUGUCCCAGUACAAGACAUCCUAAUCCACAAAGAUUUUAAUGCUGUUGGAAGAAUCGUGAAUGAUAUUGCCCUUGCUCUGCUCCAAUUCCCUGUGAAUUACUCCUCGCACAUCCAGCCUGUGUGCCUCCCUGAAAAGACUUUCCUGGUGCAAGCUGAUAGGGAGUGCUGGGUGACUGGAUGGGGCAAACUACAAGAAAGUGGUGAGACUUUCUCUGCAGAUCAAUCGGACAGGUCAUCUCUUAUACUUCAGGAGGCUGAGCUAAGCAUUAUUCGCUAUGAGAAAUGUAAUCAGAUUCUCCAGGAUAGGAUGGCAAGCUCUUCGGAAUUCGUCAGGGAAGGGGUUCUCUGUGGCUAUAACGACCGUGGGAAAGAUUCCUGUCAGGGAGAUUCUGGGGGACCCCUGGUCUGUGAAUUUAACCACACCUGGAUGCAAGUGGGGAUUGUGAGCUGGGGCUUCGGCUGUGGUCGAAAAGGAAUUCCUGGAGUUUAUACGGAAAUUAGUUACUAUAAAGACUGGAUCAUCAAUAAGCUGAAUCAAGCUUCCUCUCUGGACCCAGCAUGCUUCCUCGUCUUACUCCUGUUUCUGGUGCUGCCCUUGGGCAUCCUGGUGACCCUGUGA